AUGGCGACUUCGAACCAAUCUUCCCCUCUGCCGCCAAGUUCUCAAGCGCCAGACUGGGACUCUCUCUGGGUAGACAAAAAUACAACCUGGGAUCGCGGAGGCUCUAAUCCUGCAUUCAUUGAUUUUCUGCGCGCCCCGUCUGACCCUCCAAUUUCACCCGACACCAACCCUACGCCUGGUGCGCCGGAACCCGGUGUUUAUGAACACACAGAGGAGAUACGAUUGCCGGUACCGGUCAAAGAGGAUGGUACUAGGCGGAAGGCGCUGGUACCUGGAUGUGGGACGGGGUACGAUGUAGCGCUGUUGGCGAGUUGGGGUUACGACGCGUAUGGUUUGGAGAUCUCAAAGCAUGCGGUUGACGAGGCGAAUGCGUAUUUAAAGCAUUCGAGGGAAAGAGUGUCAGAAGGAGAGUAUAGUGUCAAGGACGAGAAAAUUGGGCAGGGUAGCGUGCAGUGUUUACUGGGUGAUUAUUUCGACGGUGCGUGGGUGUGCGAAGCUGGCAGUGUAGAAGGAUUUGACCUCAUCUAUGACCAUACGUUCUUGUGCGCCCUUCCGCCUUCGCUCCGUCCACGCUGGGCAGCACGGACAAAGUCUUUACUUUCUCCUACCGGUAUCCUCGUCUGCAUGGAAUUUCCUACGCACAAGCCUGCAUCUGCGGGUGGCCCGCCAUGGUCGCUCCCGCCUACCGUUCAUGUGGAGCUGCUCAAGCGACCAGGGGAGGAACUGACAUAUGACCACAAUGGUGCGGUAGCCACCACGGGUAGAGACGAGAGCGAAGAUGCCCUGGUGCGGAUUGCACACUGGACGCCGAAGAGGUCACAUACUAUAGUAGAAGGUAUCGUCAGAUGCUGUGUAAGCGUGUGGCGGCACAAGAGAAAGGCUUAG